AGCAGAGUCAAUCAUAGAGGUAGAGGACCGGAGUUGAGCUAGAUUCUUCAGGUCCCAGCCACCAUAGAAAAAUUUCAAACAAAGACGGCUAAUAUGAAUCGGAUUCUUCUCUCCGACCAAAACCCAAUUAUUCCGCCACCUCUAUCUAUCUCUGUGUUUUCAACAAAAUCGAUUCCUUUACCUGUUCUUUUCCUCUUUGGCUUUUCAUUCUCUGUGAUUCAAAUACAUUCCGUCAUGCUUCUGUAGUUGGUCCUAAAUAACUCCAAAACUUGACUGACUUCUAUGGACAAUUCAGUUCUUACAAAUCCCACAAAUACUGAAAUUCCGGUCGAUCUCUUUGUCUCCAAGAAACAUCCAGGCCUGCCACGUGGCGACUUGGGUUUCCUAGAUUCCGCUGGUAACGUAGUUUUCAAGGUCACCCAUCAAUCUCUGAAGUCAUCAUCCAAUAAGCGCGUGUUGCUUGAUGCCGCUGGAAAUCCUCUGCUUACUUUGUGCCUCAGUAAUAGUGGAUGUUGGCUAGGAUAUAAGGGCGGUCAAGCUGAGGAGAAUCAGUUCAUAUUUAGAGUGCAGAGAACGAAAAACAAACUUACUCGAAUUGAGCUGGAGGUGUUUAUUGGUGGUGAGAUUUCAACAGAGGCAACCUGUGAUUUUAAAGUGAAAGGGUUCCCGUUCCAAAAAUCAUGCAGCAUCUAUAGCGGCAAUGACAUAGUUGCUCAGACUAGUCUUAUGUACAAAUUGCACCAGCCUUUUCCCAAGAGGGGAAAAUUUCGAUUGACCAUCUUUCCUGGAUCUGUCGAUCAUGCAUUGGUUGCAGCCUUAAUUGUAAUAUUUCUUGAUUGAUUAGAGACUAUAGAAGAACUUUAAGGAAAAAUUUGAGUAUUCUCCACACGAAAAUUGAAAAAGGUCAAUCUCUGAACUUCCCUUAAAGGUGAUGAAGAAAUAGAUCAAAUGUAUCCUCACUACAUAUACCUUUGAAUUGUUCUAGUUCUAGAUUUUCUUUGCCUUAUUUUAGUUCAGUUUAGCAGAAAAUGGUGUUUGAUGAAGAGUUAAUUAGAAGAGUAUAAAACACCAUAUCCAUUACAGUGAUUAUACUAUUGAAAUAAUACUUACUGUGAUUUGCUGAUUC